CAGGCACAGCAGCUCCCAGCGGAGACACCGGGCUGCGGAAGGGCAGGGGCGUCAUGGAAGCUUGAACAGCUUCACUGUCCCCUAAUGCGCCUGUGCGGGCGUUGUGCGCAUGCUCAGUGGGGGCGAGCCGGAGGAGCAAAGCCUGCCCUACGCUGUGGCCGGGAUCUGCAUCCGGGUCGCGGCUUGCGGCUGUGCCCAUUGUCUGGGUUACCGGCCCGGACUCCGCCAGCGCCGGGGCCCUGCGCUGAGGAGCCUGAGGGGUGGGAAGGGGACCGGCGCGUCUGCCGCCGCCGCCGCCCGAGCCCGCCCUUCGCCUCCUUGUCCCGCCGCCGGCUUUAUGGAUCGCAGUUCGAAGAGGAGACAAGUGAAGCCUUUGGCAGCUUCACUGCUGGAAGCUUUAGAUUAUGAUAGCUCAGAUGACAGUGAUUUUAAGGUUGGAGAUGCCUCAGAUUCUGAAGGAAGUGGUCGUGGGAGUGAAGAUGCAUCAAAGGACAGUGGUGAAGGUUCCUGUAGUGAAUCAGAAGAAAAUGUCUUGGAGGAAGAAUUGGCAGAAGUGAAAGUAGAGGAAGAACAGCAACCAAAAACUUCUGCUGGAGAAACGAUGCUUACAACAGAGAAAGAGGUGAUUAAGACUGAAAAAAAAGAACAGGAGGAGGAAGAUGAGAAGCCAAAAAAGAAAAAAGAAAAGGAGAAAGAAAAAGCAACUGAAUCUGCUGCUGCUGCUGCUGCUGAUGAGCAGACAAGUGAACCAAAAAAGUGGAAUUUGCGUAGGAACCGACCUCUGCUGGAUUUUGUAUCAAUGGAAGAACUAAAUGAAAUGGAUGAUUAUGACAGUGAGGAUGACAACGACUGGCGACCUACUGCUGGGAAGAAGAAGGGAAAAACUGCACUGCGGAAAGAGGGAAGUGAUGGAGAUAAUGAGGAGGAUGAAGAUGAUGGAAGUGGUAGCGAUGAGGAUGACAAUGAUGAGGAAGGCAAUGAGGAUAACAGCAGCACUGCUAGUGAUGGUGGAUCCAAGAAAAAGAAAAAUAAAGUUCUUAGCAGGAAUAGUGCUGAUGAUGAGGAGCUGACAAAUGAUAGCCUGGCUCUUUCACAAAGCAAGAGUAAUGAGGACUCUCUGAUCCUUGAAAAGUCUCAAAACUGGACCUCCCAGAAAAUGGACCAUAUUCUGAUUUGCUGUGUUUGUCUUGGGGAUAACAGUGAAGAUGCUGAUGAAAUAAUCCAAUGUGACAAUUGUGGAAUAACAGUGCAUGAAGGUUGCUAUGGUGUUGAUGGGGAGAGUGAUUCUAUUAUGAGCUCAGCUUCAGAAAACUCCACUGAACCUUGGUUUUGUGAUGCAUGCAAAUGUGGGGUAUCUCCUAGCUGUGAACUGUGUCCCAAUCAAGAUGGAAUCUUCAAGGAGACCGAUGCUGGCAGGUGGGUCCACAUUGUUUGUGCCCUCUAUGUUCCAGGAGUGGCAUUUGGCGAUAUUGACAAGCUGCGGCCAGUAACGCUUACUGAAAUGAACUAUUCUAAGUAUGGUGCCAAGGAAUGCAGUUUUUGUGAAGACCCUCGUUUUGCCAGAACUGGUGUUUGCAUUAGUUGUGAUGCUGGCAUGUGUAGAGCUUAUUUCCAUGUGACCUGUGCUCAGAAAGAAGGCCUGCUGUCAGAAGCAGCAGCUGAAGAGGACAUAGCAGAUCCUUUUUUUGCUUAUUGUAAACAGCAUGCAGACCGGUUAGACAGAAAAUGGAAACGGAAGAACUACUUGGCUUUACAGUCUUAUUGUAAAAUGUCCUUGCAGGAAAGAGAGAAACAGCUCUCACCAGAAGCGCAGGCCCGAAUCAAUGCCAGACUGCAGCAGUAUCGUGCCAAGGCAGAAUUAGCUCGUACCACCAGGCCUCAGGCAUGGGUUCCCCGGGAGAAGCUGCCACGACCACUCACUAGCAGUGCUUCAGCCAUACGUAAGCUGAUGCGCAAAGCUGAAUUAAUGGGAAUUAGUACAGACAUCUUUCCAGUGGACACUUCAGAUACCAGUUCCAGUGUGGAUGGAAGGAGAAAACAUAAGCAACCGGCUCUGACUGCUGAUUUUGUGAAUUAUUAUCUUGAGAGAAACAUGCGCAUGAUUCAGAUCCAAGAAAAUAUGGCUGAACAGAAGAAUAUUAAAGAUAAACUAGAAAAUGAGCAAGAAAAACUUCAUGUGGAAUAUAACAAGCUGUGUGAGUCCUUGGAAGAGCUACAAAAUAUGAAUGGAAAGCUACGAAACGAAGGGCAAGGAAUAUGGACUCUACUGGGUAGAAUCAUUGGGCAGAAAUUGAACAUACCAGCAAUUUUACGAGCACCCAAGGAGAGAAAACCAAGUAAAAAGGAAGGAGGAACACAAAAGACGUCCACGCUUCCAGCAGUACUUUAUAGUUGUGGAAUUUGUAAGAAGAACCAUGAUCAGCACCUCCUCUUACUGUGUGAUACCUGUAAACUACAUUAUCAUCUUGGCUGUCUGGACCCUCCUCUUACAAGAAUGCCAAGGAAGACUAAAAACAGUUAUUGGCAGUGCUCAGAGUGUGACCAGGCAGGCAGCAGUGACAUGGAAGCAGAUAUUGCCAUGGAAACCUUACCAGAUGGGACCAAGAGAUCAAGGAGGCAGAUUAAAGAACCAGUGAAAUUUGUUCCACAGGAUGUGCCACCAGAACCAAAGAAGAUUCCAAUCAGAAACACGAGAACUAGAGGACGAAAACGAAGCUUUGUGCCUGAAGAAGAAAAGCCUGAGGAACGUAUUCCUAGAGAAAGACGACAAAGGCAGUCUGUUCUACAAAAGAAACCCAAAUCAGAGGAUUUAAGAACCGAAUGUGCUACAUGCAAGGGGACUGGAGACAAUGAAAAUCUAGUCAGGUGUGAUGAAUGCAGGCUCUGCUACCAUUUUGGUUGUCUGGAACCUCCUUUGAAAAAAUCUCCAAAACAGACAGGCUAUGGAUGGAUUUGUCAAGAGUGUGAUUCUACUUCCUCUAAAGACUCCGAACCGUCAAAUGAAGUGGUCUCAGAGGCCCCAGGUAAUGUGGUACCCUCUACCUCAAGAAGCAGCUCUGAAGAGCUGGUAGCGGUGGCACAGAAACAUCCAGAAGAGGUCUAUAAAAUUCUUGCCCAUAGUUUGGAUGAGGAACUGAGGCAGAGAGAGACAAAGUGACUUUUCCAAGGUCACACAGGUAACCUGCGUCAGAACAGGAAACACAACCUAGGUCUCUUGUACCUAGGCUAGGGUUCCAACCAUUACACCAUCCUCCCUCUGUGUUUGGGUUUUCAUGUAAACCAGAACACUUUAUAGCACCCAAAUUUCAAUGUAUUUUUGUUUGUUUGUUUGUUUUAUUGAGACUGAGUAACAUUUCUUGUUUUGUAAAACAAAAUGUGUACAGUAUGAAGAUAGGACAGUGUGUACUGUGAAUGUGUUUGCAGGAAGGACUCUUUCUGUUGAGGUGGGUUACAAGUUGUCCCUUUAAAUAUUUUUUCAAGAUGCCAAAAUUUAUACUUUGGAGGUCAACAUUUUGUACUGGACACAAGAUACUAUUCAUUCCUAUGGAAACGGGCAUUAUGAUGUCACUUCAUUUAUUCAAUAUGCUCCAGAGGAGCUCACAGUGAAUUAUGAGCCCUACUCCUGGAGCUGAAGCUGUAGAAUAUUGUAAGCAUGCUGCUGCCUGACAUGCUCAUGUUUCCUAUUUUAGACCUGACUGAUCUUCAGAUAACAUAUGGUGGUACAAGUAAUUGGAAAAUUGGCAGACCUGUCAAGAAAAUAUGCUAGAUGGGACAAAAAUACGAUGCUGCAGCACAUAAAGUGUCUCUGAAGUUAAAUUUAUUGUCUUUUAUCAAAUGGUGAAGUAAACGUAUCUGGUCUAAAAAAAAAUGAAACAUUUUUCAAUGGCAGAUGCUAUUCAAAAGUAAUUUCCAGGACAGUGAUGAAAGUUCUUGCAUUUUAAAAGCAAUUUCGUGGAAACCUCCAGUCAAGAACCAAGGGGAGGUAUGAAAUAGCAUCCACUACAAAAGUUUAAAUAUCAUAAAAUUUCACCUUUUAUGUGUUAGAGGCAUCUUUCUUUGUGUAAUGAGUCUCAAAGCAGCUAAAUUAGUUGACACUGCAGGUAAAAAUUUUCUAUUUAAUUUUUGAUUAAGAUCACAUUUCUAAUUAUUAAAAUUGUGCACUUAUUGUAACUUCAGCAUUUAUCAGUCAUGUAAAAGAAUCUCAAAGAAAGGUAUGGACAGGUUUGUUUCUGUAUAUGUUUUUUUGAACAUAUGAACAGCUCUGCAGAAUGUGUAUCUCUUCAGAAACUCCAGUAAUGCUUUUUUAUUUUGUUUUAUAGGAAGAUGAAAAUGAAGCUAAGGAAGAAAAUCCAUCCCAAGACCUGAACAUGGAACAGAAAAAUUCAAAAAAAUAGAAGAUUGCUGUUAUGUUUGAAAUAUUUGCAAGUUGUGUAACAGCAGUUAAAGUUUCUCAUUGUAAAAU